CGCACACAGCCGCAAAGAAGAAAGUGUCUUUUCCUUCUUUUAAUGUCUUCAUAUUGGAUGGUGUCCUGGAAGACUGUUGUUUCAGUUUUCUUUUCUUUUCUCUGUAUUUCUUUGGUGUUAACCGCCUGGGUAACAAUUUAUGUGCUGCAGAAUGUAGACGGUGAAAGAGCUGAGAGCUCCAGGUGCGCUUCAACAGGAACCAUGAGCGACAGAACACUGCAGUACUUCAGUUGCCGGGGGCUGCUGACAGGAAGUGACGCAUCACUGAUCGAGUGGUCGCACGGGGUCAACAGCAGGGACGCGCUCGCGCAAGCUCUUAGCGGUCCCUGUCAUAUGAUUGAAGCUGACGUAACCAUUAGAGGUCAUGAUCCCAAAGAGCCAAUCAUGGCACAUCCCCCUGACACAGAUAGUGACAUCACACUGAAAAAGUGGCUAGAAAAGGUGAAGACGAACAACAAGGGAAUAAAGCUAGACUUUAAGAGCCUGGAGGCUGUGUCUCCAUCCCUGGCUCUGCUGGAGGCCAUGCUGGCUGAGCCAGGCCGUCCAGUGUGGAUCAAUGCAGACAUCCUUACUGGACCUGGGGGGCAGAACAGACCUGUGGACGCUCAGGCUUUCCUCUCUGUUGUCACAGCUCUUCCUGCUCAGACUGUACUGUCUCUUGGUUGGACUACAGGAUGGACCGCUGGAACAACUAACUCAGGUUACAGCUGGGACAUGGUGCAUAUGAUGGAGGAGAAGUGUAGAGACCUUAAACAUCCGGUCACCUUCCCAGUUCGUGCUGCUCUGCUAUCAGAGUCCUUCUCCCAGCUGUCAUGGCUGCUGCAACAAUCAGACAGAUACACUCUCACAGUGUGGACAGGCCAACAUGAUGAGUUUGCACUACAGGACUUCAAACUUUACAGAAAAGCAUUUGAUGUAAACAGAAUCUACUACGACCUGCCGAACUCUCUGAAAGCAGAGCUUUCAAUGAUGACAUGGGAUGAUGACUGAAGCUGGCCUACAGCGGUUUCCUAGACCUCACAAAAGACUGAUGCUCUGCGGAGAUUUGGAGAGGGAAGAGUCACUUGUCUUGUCUUUGUUAUAUGUGAUUGAAGAAUUUUAAAGAACAAUUAUUGGACCACUGCAGGGUUUAAAGAAUGUUGUAGAAAGAUGUUUGAUUUUAUGUAGCCAUUUCUUGCCAUGGACAUCAUUAAUAAAAUAGUUUAAACUGGUUCAACAGUGAACUGUCAGCCACUGGACAUUUUCCCUUUUUUCCCUGGAAAAGGUAUCUAAUAAUCCACUAAAACCGAAUGUCUUCCAUUAAAACUUCAAGUAAAAGAAGAAUGUGACACACUUCUCA